UAAAAACUACACUAACCAGCAUGCUUUGCGCCUUAAAGGAAUCACUCAGCUGCGGCUAACCACCGAUGCUAAAUAGCAAAUUAGCUUACGAGGUCUGACUAUUAGCCCUCAAGUCAUUCGGUUACAUUAUUAGGGAGUUUAUGUAAUAAACUUUGAGACAGAAUGCCAGAAGGAGACAGUGCCGGUGAAUCCAUCCAUGGGAAACCAUCAGCGAUCGGGAACUUCUUUAAACGGCUCGGCCAGAUUUAUCAGUCAUGGUUGGACAAGUCAACACCGUUCUCAGCUGUCCGAUGGGCGGUCACCGUUAUUCUGACGGCCAUAUAUAUGAUCCGAGUAUAUAUACUACAGGGGUGGUACAUAGUCACAUAUGCUCUUGGGAUCUACCACCUAAACCUCUUCAUUGCUUUCCUCUCACCUAAAGUGGAUCCCUCAUUGCUGGAUGAUCCAGACGAGGGUCCAGCACUACCCACAAAACAGAAUGAAGAGUUCCGGCCGUUCAUCAGGAGGCUGCCAGAGUUCAAAUUCUGGCAUUCAGCGACGAAAGGCAUCAUCAUCGCUAUGAUUUGCACAUUCUUCGAAGCCUUCAACGUGCCGGUGUUCUGGCCCAUCCUCGUAAUGUAUUUCAUCAUGCUGUUCUGCAUCACCAUGAAACGGCAGAUCAAGCACAUGAUCAAGUAUAGAUACCUGCCCUUCACACAUGGGAAGAGAACUUACAGAGGCAAGGAAGACACAGCGAAAACGUUUGCUAGCUAAAAUUCCCCUUCCUGAAAUUAAAGUUAUUGAUGAAGAAUGAGGAAACAUAAAGUUGUGUGCUUUAACUAUUACAAAUGGAUGGAGAGGGUUGAAGGCUGUUGUUCUUUUGUGGUUUUCCAUUUUUUUUUUUUUUUUGGUCCUGGGCCAUAACAGCUAGUAUAGAAUUUUUUUUUUUUAUUUACAGGCAAAUGGAAAGAACUUCAAUAAGCACUGGAGAUGAGAUACAUUUUCCUAUUAAAGUUUUUUUUUUUUUUUUUGGAGGGUUUAUAUAUUUUUUUUUGUUUGUUUGCUUUAAUGGUUAGCAUGCUUUUUUUUUUUCUUUUUUUUUUUUUUUUUUUUUUGGACAACUGGAUUUUUACUGUAUUAAAACAAAAUAAUAGGUUUGUUAAUUCCUGAUUAAAGACAUUGCAUGUUUUAGGUUUUCUUGUGCUGCUGGUUAAGAGAAAAUAAGAUGAUUUUAAUAACUAAGUGUAUUUUUUUUUUCACUUCAAAUGAUAUUAAAAGGCUGUGUCCCUUCA